AUGUGGCUUUUAUCGAAAAAUCAGCUAGUUAGAGCAUUACCGCUUUUUGCCGCAGUCGAUGCUCGAAAAGAGAAUUGGGAAUUUGGGGAGAUUGAAGAUACAACAACAGUGGCUUAUAAUGCAACGAAAGCUCCAAUUCCAGCCGGAAGAUUCAGUCUUGAAAGAUUCGCUCCUGAUGACAUCGACCACUUCUGCGACUCUAUCGAAGCCUGCAUCGCGUUCAAUCCACCUAACAGCAUGAAUAGGGCAAAGUGCGACGGACGAGUCUUCAGUGAAGAAAAGGGCACGAUUUCAUACAGCAACUACCAUAACCACGCCGCCUGUCGUUGGGAAAUCCGCGCUCCAGAAGGCGCGAAAAUCAAAGUCAAAGUCCACAGUGGUCCCACAUUUGGGAUGGAGCACCACAGCUACUGCGGCAAUGAUAAACUCUCGCUAGGAUAUCCUUCCGAAGAUGGAACUAAAAAACUCUUUGCUCGAAUUUGUUCCUCGAAAAAUAACUCAGAAAGGCCGUAUAAUGGUCUGAUGCCGUCUUUCUCGCCUAAUGGAGAAAAAAUUCAGUCGUAUAAAUUCAGGGACGGAAUAAUCUUAGAUACAAAUGUCUUGAUUGUCCAUUUCCAAUCCGAUCAAGCAGAUAAAGGCGUUGGGUUUUCUAUGGAAUACGAAAUGGUCAACCUUCCAACUCAGUUGCCCAUCAUUGACGUCGGAGACAAUCUGGAAGAAGAUCUCCACGGAGUCAUCGAAGCCCUCGCACCUCAGCUAGCGGACCAUCACGAGGAAAAACUAGCGGCUCGUCUAACGAAACUCUUCAAACGUUUCGACUCUCGAAUGGUCAAAUGCAACAAAACGCAAAAACUCCACGAAGUGAUUUGGCAAGUCUCUCAUGAAGACAUCGACAAAACAAAAGAACUUUGGAUGAGCUUCUUCCGAAACGCCUUCAACCAGUGCGAUAUUCCAAUUAUCAACAAUAAUGAGGACAGAUUUGACGGAACCAGCUGGCCGCGAAGAAUCACCACGUGGUUCGAACGACUCAGACGCACGCUAGAACGCGCAAAAGCAAAAGAAGCGCGGCUAAAAAAGAAAGCUGAAAAGCAAGGGUAA